AUGCGAGCUUGUGUACUUGGUGGAGGUCCAUCAGGAAUAUUCGUCUCUGAGUAUUUGAACAAUCGUGGAAUUGCUGUUGAGUUAUUUGAAAAAAGUAAUACGUUAUUGGGAAACUACAAAUAUGCUAGAAACAAAAUUGAUCUUCUCAAGAAUUUGAAUGCAACUGUUCAUUUGAAUUCAGAUGAAAACGCCAUCGAUGAUUCAAAAUGUGAUAUUUAUGUUAUUGCAACUGGUGGAAAGCAGAAAGAAUUGGAUAUAGAAGGAAGUAAAUAUACUUUGAAAGCCAUGGAUGUCAUUAAGAAUUAUUAUAAUGAUGAUGCUAUUAAUGAUAAAAGAAUUAAGUCUUUGUUGAAUAAUAAUGAUUCAAAUGUGUGCAUUAUUGGGAUGGGAAAUGUGGCCUUAGAUUUGGCAUAUUAUCUAAAAGAUAAGGUCAGUUCAAUAACAAUUUUAAGCAGAGGUGAUCUUUCUAAAGCCACAUUUGAUAAUCAUGUAAUGAGAGAAAUUAUAAACUCAAAUAUUUUUGAAAUUAAUAUUAUUGGUAAUUUUGAAAAAGCUGGUGAUAGAAAAACACAAAAAAGAUGUGAAAUGCUAAGGAAUACAGACUCAAAGAUCAGAAAGCUGGUGGCUUUUUUACAAAGAAUGUUUUUUGGUGUAUCUAAUCCACAGUUAAAUUUAAUUUUUAAUACAUACCCACAAAGUAUUAAAAAAAAUGGAGAUCAAGUGGAAGUAUGUUAUUCUGUUAAUAAUGAAUUGAAGAAAUCUGUGUUUGAUGCUGCUAUCAGCAGCAUUGGUUUUAUACCCAACUUACCAAUCAUAAAAACUGCUAAGCCUAUGUACUAUACUGGUUGGUGUGUAAAUUCAAAGGGAAACAUUGGAGAUGCAAUGGUAAAUGCUAGAACCACAGUUGACAAUAUCAUAAAGGCCAAUAGUGUCAUUGUUUGA